AUGGCAUCCUCGGCCGUGAUUUGGUGGGGCGUGCGCCUCUCGCUGCUGGCCGGCUGCAUCGCCGUGGUAGCCCUUCGGCUACAACACGGCCUAGACGGGGCCGGAACCAAAAACGGCGGCAGCAGCAGCAGACAGCGACAGGCGACGUUUUGCUACCAGGGCGUCUUGACAAAUGUCGAUCCCGGUCCCGGGGACGAUGACGGCUCGGCAGCCGUGAACUGCUUCGCCCUGUCGGGCGACGCCAAGUUCGCCCGCGUCUUCUCCGACUCGGACUCGGACUCGGUCCGCCCCGGCUACGCCCUCCCCGGCCUGUGGGACGGCCACGGUCACCUCCUCCAGUUCGGCGAGUUCCUGCACUCGGCCGACCUAUUUGGGUCGGUGUCGUUUGACGACAUCCGCUCCAGGCUAAGUCGCUACCUCGAUGCUAACCCGGCUGCGGGCUCGGCUGAUGAGUGGGCGAGGGGCAUCGGAUGGGACCAGAUGGCUCUGGGCGCUAUGCCGACUGCUGCAGCCGACGAGCGGCUCAGGGGCCGCUUCUUCAUGCUUGACCGCGUCGACGUGCACUGCACGUGGGUGUCGCAGGCGAUCCUGGACCUGCUGCCCGCGCACCUGCCCGACGUCCCCGGCGGCGAGAUCGUUCGGACCCCCGGCAUGGGCGUCUUCUGCGACAACGCCAUGGACCUGGUCGUGGCCCUCUGGCCGAAGCCCGGCGUCGCCAGGAAGAAGACGUUUGUCGCCUCGGCCAUGAAGGCCCUGCACGCCGUCGGCCUCGUCGGCAUGCACGACGCCGGCGUCUUCCCCGACGACAUCGCCAUGUACGACGCCAUGAGCCGCACCGACGACUGGACGCUCAGGGUCUACGCCAUGGUCGAGUGCAAGGAGCGCAACACGCUCUGUCCCGACGACGCCGCCAAGGUCUCCCGCGACGACGGCUUUUUGACGGUCCGAAGCGUGAAGUUAUUCGCCGGCAAGUACGGCGCGCUGGGCAGCUGGGGCAGCGCCAUGAUCGAACCGUACAGCGACCGGCCCGACGUGACGGGGUCUCUGCUGGUCAACGCGUCGACGCUGACGGCGCUGACCAAGGCGUGGUCGGCGGCGGGGUUCCAGGUCAACAUCCACGCCAUCGGCGACCUAGCGAACCGGUACGCCGUCGACGCCAUGGAGGCGGCGCUGGUGGCGCUGUGCGCGCCGGCCGCGGGCGCCGAUGUCGACGACCUCGCCGACUGCCAGGCGCACCACCACCGGUUCCGCAUCGAGCACGCGCAAAUCAUCCACCCCGACGACCAGCUGCGCAUGCAUGCGCUGGGCAUCAUCCCGUCGGUCCAGCCCACGCACGCCACUUCGGACAUGGCGUACGCCGAGCGCCGGCUGGGCGCCGAGCGCACCGCUACCGAGGCCUACCGCAUGCGCUCCCUCCUGCCCCUGCAUCCCGUGCUCGGCAGCGACUUCCCCGUUGAGCCGCCGAACCCGUUCGAGGGCCUGUAUGCCGCCGUGACGCGCAAGAACCCACACACGGGCGUCGGCCCGCCCGGCGCCGAGGACGGGUGGCACCGUGAAGAAGCCCUCAGCGUUGGGCAGGCGCUGGCUGGCUUCACGAAAGGCGCCGCGCGAGGGGCCUUUCUGGAGGGAAAGGCGGGCGUCAUACGCGAGGGCGCGUUUGCCGACUGGAUCGUGCUGGACGAACCCCUUGAGAGCAUGAGCCCCGAGCAGCUGAGGUAUGUCAAGGUGAGGGAGACGUGGGUUGCCGGCAAGCUGGUGUACGCGAGGCGCAAUGACGACGCCGAUCACAACGACUUGUAG